GGCAGCAGCUGCAGCAGCAGCAGCUACCUGGACGCAGUUUUCUCCACCUCGGGCAAGUUCCCUGAGACCCAGCGGGUGUCCGGCCGGUGCCCUUCCUGGCCCCCUCCCUCGAAGCAGGUGCUACCCGUGGCCUGGUGCUCUCCCAGCUGCCCACCAUGGCCAGCUGGCUGCCCAGCACCGCCGGGCUGGCCCGGCUCUGCCACAGGCUGAACCGGCUGAAGCCCCUGGAGGAGUCCACCAUGGAGACAUCCUUGAGGCGCUGCCUGUCCACUCUGGACCUCACCCUGCUGGGCGUGGGCGGCAUGGUGGGCUCUGGCCUCUACGUGCUCACGGGCACCGUGGCCAAGGAGAUGGCAGGUCCUGCCGUCCUGGUGUCCUUUGGGGUGGCCGCAGUGGCCUCCUUGCUGGCCGCCCUGUGCUAUGCCGAGUUCGGGGCGCGUGUGCCCCGCACAGGCUCUGCCUACCUGUUCACCUACGUUUCCAUGGGUGAGCUGUGGGCCUUCCUCAUUGGCUGGAAUGUGCUCCUGGAGUAUCUCAUCGGUGGUGCUGCGGUGGCCCGGGCAUGGAGUGGCUACCUGGAUGCCAUCUUUAGCCACCGCCUGCGCAACUUCACCGAGGUCCACGUGGGCGUGUGGCAGGUGCCCUUCCUGGCCCGCUACCCAGACUUCCUGGCCGCUGGCAUUCUGCUCGUAGCCUCUGCCUUUGUCUCCUGCGGAGCCCGUGUCUCUUCCUGGCUCAACCACACCUUCUCAGCCAUCAGCCUGGUUGUCAUCCUCUUCAUCAUCAUCCUGGGAUUCAUCCUGGCCCGCCCACACAACUGGAGCACUGCGGAAGGUGGCUUUGCACCCUUCGGCUUUUCGGGCAUCAUGGCGGGCACCGCCACCUGCUUCUACGCCUUCGUGGGCUUUGAUGUCAUUGCCGCCUCCAGUGAGGAAGCUCGGAACCCUCAGCGGGCUGUGCCUCUGGCCAUUGCCAUCUCCCUGGGCCUGGCAGCAGGGGCCUACAUCCUCGUGUCCACUGUGCUGACCCUCAUGGUGCCCUGGCACAGCCUGGACCCUGAUUCUGCGCUCGCCGAUGCCUUCUACCGGCGGGGCUACAGCUGGGCUGGCUUCAUAGUGGCAGCGGGCUCCAUCUGCGCCAUGAACACCGUCCUGCUCAGCAACCUCUUCUCCCUGCCACGCAUCGUCUAUGCCAUGGCUGCCGAUGGGCUCUUCUUCCAGGUGUUUGCCCAGGUGCACCCCCGGACACAGGUGCCCGUGGUGGGCAUCCUGGUGUUUGGGGUUCUCAUGGCCCUGCUGGCGCUGCUGCUGGACCUAGAGGCACUGGUGCAGUUCCUGUCCAUCGGCACACUCCUGGCCUACACUUUUGUGGCCUCCAGCAUUAUUGUGCUCCGCUUCCAGAAGGCGCCUCCAUCCAGUUCUCCGGGCCUGGCCAGCCCCGGCCCCAUGGCCAAGGAGUACAACUCUUUCUCCGACCACAUCCAGCUGGUAGAUUCGGAGGUGCCUGAGCCCGGGCAGCUCCGGCCAGCUCUGAGGCCCUACCUGAGCUUCCUAGGCGCGUGUGGGCCUGGUGUGGUUGUGGCCUGGGCACUUGGCAUCCUGGUGGCCUCUGCCAUCACCCUGGGCUGUGUCCUGGUCUUCGGCAAGUCCGCUCUGCACCUCCCGUACUGGGCCUACACCCUGCUGCUCCUGCUCAGCGUGGUCGUGUUUGUGUUCAGUCUCCUUGUCCUCGGGGCCCACCAGCAACAGCGUCAAGAGGACACCUUUCAGAUCCCCUUUGUGCCGCUGCUUCCGGCCCUCAGUAUCCUCCUCAACAUCUGCCUCAUGCUGAAGUUGAGCUACCUGACCUGGCUGCGCUUCUCCAUCUGGCUGCUGAUUGGACUCGUGGUCUAUUUUGGCUAUGGCAUCAGGCACAGCAAGGAGAACCAGAGGGAGUGGCCGGGGCUCACUGACUCCCGCUAUGUGGUUUUCCCCGACGGAAGCCUGGACGAGAGCGUGCAAGCCGUGCAGCCGCCCAGUCAGGCGGCAGCCCAGGAGCCCGACAUCGUGGAGCAGCCUCCCUGUCCGUGAGGAUGUCCAGGAGCCCCUCAUCCCUGGCGGCUCAGGUCUGCUCCCCUUUCCCGGUGCGGGAGUCUCAGCACCUUAUGACCUUAGUGCUGGGGCUGGAGCAGUCCCCCCCACACCCCCCAGUGCUGGUGGCAUGGUCUCACUGCUCAGCACCUGGCAAUGGAUGACCAAUUCCAGAAACUUGGACGGGUGGAAAGGGCAUGAGGGGAGAGCCCCCAGUCCCGGAGUUCCACAAUAAUAACCACUUGGCUGGCCCUGCGGUCCGCCUGCUGUG